AUGGCAAUAAAUUACAAAAUCAAACUAACUAAUAAUAAAACUGAUUUAUUUGGUGCUACUACUGGAAAUAUAGUGGAUGACUUGGACAAAGUUGCUAAUGCUUUGGGAAUAGGCAAAGAUAAAUGUGCUGAAACCAUUGUUGGAAUUAGAGUCAAAAAGGCAUUAGUCAGAGGAGGAGAUGUUAUUGAUGGCAUAAAAAAUAGUGGAAAUUUGUUAGGAGCAUUGGGUGCUUAUAAAGGAGAAUUAUAUGAUGCUGAUUUACAAAAUGCUCAGAGUGAUUUAAGCACAACUAAGGAUAAAUUGGAUAAAAUAACUGCUGAUAAAAACCAAUUAGAGCAAGAUAAAACCAAGGUAGAACAAGAAAGAGAUAAUUUAAAAACUUCUAAUACUGAAAAAGAUAAUGCUAUCAAUUCUUUAAAUAGUAAAAUUACUAAUUUACAACAAACUGUUAAUAAUCAAGUAAGUAACGAACAAGUAAGUAAUUUAAAUCAACAAUUAACUUCCUUAACUAGUGAACUAAAUCAAGUUAAACAAGAAAAACAAAAUCUUGCUUCUCAAAUAACUGAUAAAGACAAAAAAUUAAAAGAUCAAGAAGAUAUUAUUACUCAAAGAGAUAAUACUAUCAAAGACCAAGAGGGGGAAACAACUAAAAAAAUUGAUACUAUCUCUGAACUAAAUAAAGAAGUUCAAAAACUAAAAGAUGAAAUUCAAGCCUUAAAGGAACAAAACUUACAAACAGCCCAAGUAGUAGUAGAUUCUGAUAAGUAG